AGUUAUAGUAUGGGAACACGGGCCUUUUCCCAUGACAGUAUUUUCAUACCUGAUGGGCGAGCAGAGAGUGAAGAGUCUGUUCAAGCAAUGUCACAGGACAACAUUCUAGGCAAAGUCAAAACCCUUCAGCAACAGUUGGCCAAGAAUAUAAAAUUUGGCCAGCCCCCACAAAUGACAGUUCCAGUGAAGACAUUUGGGGAGUCAAACACUAGUAUAGAGGCAGACGUGUUACUGAGCAGCCCCAUGGAGACGGAGAUGCAGCAGGACUUGGGCCUCCCGGAGAACUAUAAUAAAUCGGGUGGCACGCCGGAUUCGUUAAGCCCAGCAAGUUUGCGUGGAACAAGGCAUGAAGUGGAAGAGAAGGUCACUCCAGUCAAGUCGUCCCGGCCAAAAAGACACCACUCUCCUUCUGGCACAAUUGAGACAGUCAAUCUUGAUGCGAUCCCUCCGGCGAUUGCCUGUCUGGACAACAGCGCAGCAAAGCACAAACUUUCUGUUAAGCCAAAAAAUCAGAGGGUGUCAAAAAAGCACAGAAGGUUACUGAAGGAGUCACAAAGCACGACUGAGUUUGAACAAGAAAUCACAGAAACUCAGAAGUAUGAAGAGAAAGUCUUAAAACACAAUGGCCAUCAUGUUGCAGACAAGCCAAUCCAGGAUACAGAAGGCCAGGAACAGAAAGAAGAAAAAAGGAAGCAAGAAGAUUAUUGGCAAAGCCUUGAGCCUGAACAAAAAGUACAAACAGCUGAACCAGAAGUAAAACACCAUCUGGAACACAAAAGACUUCAAGAGAGUCAAAGGGAAGAAGAAGGGAAAAAACAAAAGCUCCAAGAGGAAGAGCAGUUUUUGAAAACGGAAGAGAGAAGGGGCCUGGAAGAAAAAAGGCACGAAGAACAGGACUGCAGGCACAAAGAACUGGAAGAGGAGAGAGCGGAUGAGGGACUCUGGGAAUGUCAAGAACAAAUGCAACUGGAAGAACAAAAGCAACAGGAAGCCGAGGAACAAAAGCCACAGGAAGAACAAAAGCCAUUAGGAGGACAAAGGCCCUGUGAACUGGAGGCGCAAAGGCAACAUGUAGAACCAACAUGCCAUGAAAAAUGGGGAGAACAAAAGCAGUGGGAAGAACAAAGACACCACAAGCUGGAUGAACAAAGGCAUUGGGAACUGGAGGGGCAGAAGUGGCAGGAAAUGGAGGAACCAAGAGGAAAAGAAGAAAAUGGUAAUCAAGAAUUAGAGGAGAAAAAGCAGUAUGAAAAGCUGCUACAGCAAGACUGGAGAAACAAGAGACAAGGUCAGGAGAAGCAAACACAAAAACGAGGGCACCAGGAACUGAAAAGGCAGAGACAACGAGAACUAGAAGAACAAACUCAUAAGACUGACAAGUGGGAUGGUCCAAACCAACAAGUACUCCAGGUGCAAAAAAGAGAAACAGGGCAGAGACAACAAGAAGGAGAGAAAAACAGAAACGUAGAAGGCGAGAAAUUGCAAGGGAAAGGAAAGGCUGUGAAGCCGGAGGAGCAAAAGAGGGCAGAAGAACCACUGCAGCAUCUGGAGCAGGAGAGAAGAGGUAACAGUGAAAAAACCCAGCAAGAAGCAGAGAAGCAGAUGAAGCCAGUAGGGCACGGGAAAGGAGAACUGUCACAAUUAAAACAACCUCCAGCUGAAAAGAGGGUGCAACAGGAAGACUUUAUAGAGAGAAAGGGGGCACCCUUACCAGAAGGACAGAAAAGUCCUACUUUGGAACUACAUCAGCCACUGGAAGACACAAAAGAACAACACAAGUACUUCCAGUCAGCACUGGACAAACACAUGCAUGCAGAAGAGAAACAUUUAGAAACUGUAGAGCUUCCCAUUAAAGAAGAACGAAGUCCGCAGAAGGUAAAGCAGCCAGAGAGAGAGCAGAAGGAAGAUGAAACAUUAAGACACAGUCAGAGAAGUAACACUGAUGCUCAGGAACAAGAAAGAAUUCUAGGAGAAGAGCUACGCUGGCAGGAAGUCGAUGCAAGGCAAAAUAUGCCCAGGGGAUUCACCUUUCAGGUUUCAUCUGGAGAAAAACAGAUCCUCUUUUCAAAAGUGAAUCUGAGCCCAGUCACUCCUGUUAAAGAGGCAGCAGCUCCUUCUGCCUCCAAAGAACUGAAGGCACCUCAGUCUAGUACAGGGGCCCAUGCGCUUCCAUCCUCUUUGAGUGUCCCACAUACAGCCAUUUUGGUCACUGGAGCACAGCUCUGUGGCACCGCAGUCAAUUUGAAUCAGAUAAAAGAUACCGCCUGUAAGUCUCUGCUUGGGUUAACAGAAGAAAGAAAAAACAUGGAUGUAGCCCUGACAGAAAAUACUCCAAAACUGUCGCCUGAUGCCAGGCUUAGCAGCAGUAAAACGAAGACCACUCAGGAUCCAUUGAACAACGAAGCCACAUUGGCUGAGUGGGCUACUAUCCGAUCCAAAAUCCUAAAAAGUGCAGAGACUGGAAAAGUGAAUGAGAAAGACAGAGGGGGGAGCCUCAGUCGGCAUAGUGAUGACUGGACCCCUAACGGGCGAGUGGCUUCUCACGGUAAUUUACGAAAAACCUUGUCUGCAAAUGCAAAAUUUUCUAUAACGCCUGCAUGGCAGAAAUUUUCAGAAAUCACAAAAACCAAUGUAGACGCAGGGAGUGAACUCGGCCUUGAGGCAGAGAACGCAGCAAAACACUUGAGUCCACUCACAGAUGUAAACCAUGACACAGUUCAUAAAGAGGGAUUGCUGGGUAAAUCGAACACACUUGGAAUACCUGUAGAAUCGCCCCAGACAGAAACUGUUCAAUCUCUGCAAAGUGUUGGUGUGAGGAAAGUGGACAGAGGGUCACCAAACGGAGAAGAGAACGUUUCUCCGUUUGGAGUCAAACUACGGAGGACAAACUAUUCAGUGCGCUUUAACUAUGAUCAGCAGGCAGAGCAGAAGAAGAAGAAAAGAUACAGUGCAGGAGAUAGUUUCGAUGGUGUGCCUUCCCCGCUUGUGACCCCGGAAAACGAAAAAGAUGCAAAUAAUAUAUUUUUGAAAGAAAGCAAAUCCCCUGGCCAAGAGAGAAAGGAGACUGUUGUUCAUUCUGCAAAGGACACUCCAACUAAUGUGAAUCAAAACUAUACCACGGCUGCCCCAGUGUGUCCAACAGCUAGUGUUCAGGGGUCGGCACCUAGUCAAGAGAAACCCGUCUGUAAAUCCCCACUCCAACAAAAGCCGGCCUUAGCUCCAAAGCCCACCAGCCAAACCCCACCUUCAUCCCCUCUCUCAAAAAUGCGCCGAUCUCACUUAACUGAACCGGUUGGCCCGAGGGUGGCUAAAACUGAACCUGACGCCUGUUGGAGAAGAGCAGAGGUGAAAGGCAGCUCUCUGCUUUCCCAAACUCAUGAUGAAGGCAAGAACGAGGAGGAGGAGUCUAGGGAGAAGAAGUCGUUUUUCCCAUCCAUUACCAUGCCCUGGAGAGAAAAAACCGAGAAGAAGCCAGAGCCACUGAAAAGAGAACGGCCUGUUCUACAGAGCAGGCACUCCAUAGAUGGCUCCAAGCUGAUGGAAAAAGUGGAAUCUGCACAGCCGCUUUGGAUUACGCUGGCCCUGCAAAAGCAGAAGGGUUUCCGAGAGCAGCAAGCAACGAGGGAGGAGAGGAGGCAAGCCAGGGAAGCCAAGCAAGCCGAGAAACUGGCUAAAGAAAAUGCCAGUAUAAACAAUCAGCCGGAUAAUAAAAGCAGCAGUAUCAGCAGGAUAAGUUCGUUGCCGAAAUCCACACCCCAAGAAGAGGAGAAGAAAGUCGAAACUGCCAUGUCAAGGCUUGAACGGCGAGAACAACUAAAAAAAUCGAACACCCUUCCGACAUCUGUGACAGUGGAGAUCUCCGAUUCUGUUCCCUCAUCACCCUUGGCAAAAGAAGUUGCAAAGAGAUUCUCUACCCCUGAUGCUAAUCCUGUGUCAACAGAACCUGCCUGGCUGGCUUUAGCCAAGAGGAAAGCGAAAGCCUGGAGUGACUGUCCACAAAUCAUUAAGUAAACGAUGCUGUUUUUGCUCUUUACUGUCAUUUAUUAAUUGCUCUCACGUUUUUAUUAGUCUUUCCCCAUGACAGAACA